AUGAUAUGCCGGGAUUCUUUUAAUGAUAAAGAUCCGUGCAAACCGAAAGAAGUUUCCAUAUUUACCGAAGAUUUCGGCCUGUGCGAUUCUGACGAUGAUAUAACGGAAAAAGAUUUAAAUACUUUGUUGAAAGAAGAAGCGGAAAAACUGGAGAAGGCUGAAAAAAAAAAAUCUUCCAGAGAAAGUGUUACUCCUGCGAAAAGUACUGUUUUUGUGUUAAGCAAUCAAAUGCAAAAUGAAAUCAUCGAAUUAGAAACAACAUCAACUGAAAUAGUUCAAACUGUUAAGAAAAUAAAAAAAAAAAAAGAAUGCAAAAAAUUUUUUAAAAAUCCAUUUUUUACAAAUCCACUUAAAUUUUCAACGGAUCUUCCUUUACCUCCUUCUGCUCCUCCUGUUCAAAUGUUAACCCCAAUGAUAACUGAAGAGUCAUCGGAAAAAAUUUGUAAAAAAAAAAAGAAAAAAAUAUGUAAAAAAGUCAAACAGGUUCCUGCUGUGAGUAUUGUUAAAGUUUCUGAAGAUGAUGAUAAAGGUAAUGAAGGAGAUAUUGAGGACGAAUCUGAGGACGAAAUCGAUGAAAAAAACAAAGAAACCGUUGUAGCUGUAACACAUGAUAAAACACUUAAACCUGAAUCAGAACGGGAACGAGUACCAGGAUCAGGACCGGGACCAGGAUCAGGACCAGGAUCAGGACCAGGAUCAGGACCAGGACCAGGAUCAGGACCAGGACCAGAAUCAGGACCAGUACCAGGAUUAGAACAAGACAAAUCUCAAAAAAUGGAAAAAGAAACAUAUAGAAAAAGAAUGUUUAUCGACAAAAUAUUUAAAGAUAAAUCAGAAGAGAAAGAAGGUGACAAGAAAAAACAAUCCAAGACUGGAAAAGAUGGGAAAAAGGGUUGCACAAAGAAGAAACCAGAAAAACCAUUAUGCAGGCCAAAAGAAUCUGAUAUUUCAAUAUCCCUUUUACCACAACAAAUAAUUCCUCUGCAAAGAGAUUUACCAUUAACAUCACCAAAAGAUAUUCCAGAAGUAGAAAGACAGUUAUUAUUGGCAUGUGAACCAAAAGGAAAUAAAUGUAAAAAUCGUGAAAAUAAAUGUAAAAACAAAUCGAGGUAA